GAAGGCUUCGCACGCGGAGGACUCCGGCCCACUCUGGCAGCAAAGGUUCCCACAGGCGAAGUGACUACCAUGGGCUCUUGCUCCGGCCGCUGCACACUUCUUGCGCUCUGCGCUCUGCAGCUGGUCACAGCUCUGGAGCGACAAGUGUUUGACUUCCUGGGUUACCAGUGGGCACCCAUCCUGGCCAACUUCACCCACAUCAUCGUGGUCAUCUUGGGUCUCUUCGGCACCAUUCAGUACCGGCCACGCUACAUCGUGGUGUAUGCUGUAUGGGCAGCUGUCUGGGUUACCUGGAAUGUCUUCAUUAUCUGCUUCUACCUGGAAGUAGGGGGCCUCUCAAAGGACAGUAAACUCUUGACCUUCAAUCUCUCUGGGCAUCAUUCCUGGUGGGAAGAGCAUGGACCAGGCUGUCUUCAUGAGGAGGCAGCCACAGCUGGCCUGGGUGUACUACAUGGACAGUCCUUGGUGGUGGGUACUAGCUGUGCCAUGGUGCACAGCUACGUGGAAGCCCUGCACAGUGGCCUGCAGAUCCUGCUAGCGCUCCUGGGUUUCGUCUAUGGCUGCUAUGUGGUCAGCGUGCUUGCAGAAGAAGAGGACAGCUUUGAUUUCAUUGGUGGAUUUGACCCAUUCCCCCUGUACCAUGUCAAUGAAAAGCCGUCCAGCCUCUUGUCCAGGCAGGCAUAUUUGCAUGCAUAAGUGAGGGAAUGGCUGACCCUGCUCCUGCAACCCAGCCUCAGCCACGGAAACAAUGAAGAGUCCCCAGGCCUGGAGUCGCGGCUCUGCUUCCCUGCCUGCCUAGCAUUUUUUCCAGUUCACCUUGGAUACCAGUGAGGGGUGGGGGACACUGUGGCUACAACUAUGAGUUUGUAAUUUCUUUUUUUUUUCUAAAAAAAAAAAAUAAGAAAAGGCAUGAGAGACUGUGGAAACAAACAAUUGGCAUCCCUGGUCUUGGACAGCUGGAAGCAAACCUGGGCAAUUUCCCAGGAGUCCUCUGGGUGCUCUGUUCUGGGGUUACAAGACCUGCAGCCCACAUACUGCUUCCAGAGGAAGGAUGUGGGCGUGGAUGUGUGGCAUAUCAGGGGACAGGAAGAAGGUUCAGCCCCGCUAGCAGGUCCCUGUUAUGAGCCACCAAGAUCCAAGAGUGACUAAGGCCUUAAAUAAAUACUGCAGUACCCUG